CCCCACGUCACGUCGUCGUCGUCUUUCUCGUCGCCGUCGCGGAAUUUCCUCCGCCAUCGCGCGCCCUCGGUAUAAAUCGCCGGGAGAAAUUUCUCCGAGCUCUCUCCCACCCACCAACCCCCCAUCGAGGAGACGACGACGAGGAGGAGAUGCUUCCGGGGGUGGAGCUGGCGAGGCGGCGGCGGGUGCACUACCACGGCGACGGGGCGGCGGCGGGGGCAGGGUUUGGGGAGCACCACCACGGGCACUACAACUACUUCCACCAGCAGCACCACCGUCAGGCGGUGGCGAGCGCGGAGGCGGGGGCGGGCGCAGGGGGCGAGGUGAGCCCCGCGGUGGCGGCGCGCAUCCGGCUCGAGGAGAAGCUGCGGGGCGCCGCGGCCGCGCCCUCGUCGUCUCUCUCGAGGUGGGGCAGGCGAUUUCGCGAACGAGAUGGGAGCACAACCUCCAGACAACAGAACAACCAGCAAGAGCAGCAGAUUCAGCUGCCCACUGAACCCAGGCCUACUCCCAAACAUUCGAUGACCAUGCUGGAGGCGCCAUCAACAAGAAAAGCCCCCCGCCGCGAGAUGAGGAGGACACUUUCCAAGGCCGAUCUCUGCGCUGUGUGCCUCGACGAAGUGCGGGAGCGACACCAGCGGGUCACCAGGCUACCCUGCUCCCACAAGUACCACUCGGAGUGCGUCCUCCCCUGGCUGGCCAUCCAACCAGACUGCCCCUGCUGCAGGACGCAGGUCCCUUCGGUGGACUCCCUCUUUGUAGCUUGAUCAGCUUGCUGGAAGAUUUGGCAUCUUCUUCCUCUGCACAGUUUCCGAAAGAAAGGAACAAAAAGAAAGGGUUUUCAUUGUCUUCAGCAGAACAUGAACUGACAUAGACACCAUGACAAAGUUUUGUUCUUCAGUUUUCUCUUCUUUUAGGUUCUGUGAUAUUGUGUGUUUUAUCCCGGUUUGUUUAUAUGGGCUGCGGGAGCUGAAAUAUGUUGGGAAGUUUGUUGUAGGGGAUUGGUGAUAAAAUGCAAUUGCAAAUGAUAUGGUUUUGAAAAAAAAAGGUAUUGUUUCUUUUUUCCAACUUUAAGGGAAAGAUGGGUCCGGACAACUGACACAUCUGAAUGUAUUUUUUUGGUGUACUUGAGACUAUGCAGCCUGGGCUUGGUCUGUAGUUGGUCAUCUGGUUAUGGCUUGGUCUGUAGUCACACUUGUGGCAACUGACAAGAUUCCUUGUUCAUCAUGCAA